CCUCCGGGCCUUACCGGGUCUCCGCCUGGUAGGGGGGGAGGGGCGGCGGCCGAGGGAGGGAGGCAGGCGACGCGGAAAGGGGACUUGGGGAUGGGGCGCUGGACGCGCUAACGAGACCUACUGGGAGGAUUUGCGUCUCCAGCGGGUCCUGGAGCGACUGGGAGUGCCGGGACAGGAGGCAGGUCUUGGCCUAGUUUGCUUGCUGAAAUAGAGCCUUAUCUCGAGGAAAUCAAUGUGCAGGAACAAAAUGGAAGUCGAGGUUUGGACAGAGUUGUCACUUCCCCAACUUGAGUGGUGCGGGCUGGGGGCGGAGACUCGGGACUGAGGAGAGGCCCCUUCUCCCACCUCAGCUCCUUUCCCUGGACUUCCAGAAGGAAAAUUACCCUCCUCACCCCCCUUCCUCCUCACACCCAUCCCCACUCGCCUGCCGGCCCCUUUCCCCAACCCUUUUCCCCUUUAUGUGAGAGACGCCUAACUCCCGAGCCAGUGGAGUCGGUCCCCUCGCCCCUCCCGCUUCCACGCCGGUCCCCCCUCCGGCCAUCGCUACUGCUACCACCUCGGUUCCACUCAAUCGAUUUUUGCUGCAUGUCAACACUUAUUACCGAAAGUGGCCCGCGGAUGCUGGGACCUGAGGUGCCAGGACUAAGGCUUGAGGUGGCUCCCGUAGAGCUCCAGCCUGCCUCUACCCAUGUUUCCUCGGUCCAGAAGCAACAAAGCCUUUCUGCCUCCGCUGACAGUUUGCAGCAGCGCGGGAUCCCCUCGCACGCAGUCCUAGGCAGGAAUCUUUAUCCUCUUGGUUCUCGGGAGAUGAGACCUAGAACCGUCUCUGCUGUCCCUGAGAAGGCGGUGGCGCAGCAUAUCGAAUGUGACUUGGAACCCAGACUAGUGGCAACGCAGUUCCUGGGCGCUUUCCCCCGCUCUGCUUGCGUCAACAGCCGCCUCAACUCUGCUGCUCCUGGCCAGUGUCUGGGUGGGGUUGCUGCACCCGGUUGAAGCUCGAUGGCAUCUUUCUUCGUCCUCCGGGGUGGACCGGCAGGGCCUUUCCUGGCGUCACUUCACGCGGCCGCCUGCGCCUGGUGGACGGCGAGUCUCCCACGGAGUCACCGCGCUCCGUGCGCGCACGCGCGCGGGGGCGCGGCUGGGCACAGACGCGGGGACCGUGCGGGCCGACCCGAGUGCCAAGGAAGGGGCUUUGCCUGCCAGGGCCCAAGGUUACAGACGACAGGUCACUUUGUUAGAAAAUAAUAGAAUAUCAAACAAAAGAAAGUGAAGUAAAACCCUUCUUGUGCGCACGCUGGGCCUGGGGCGGUGUUACUUCACAGGGCUGUCCUGACCUCAGCGCCUCCGGGCCCUGCUUAAAACCCGUGAAAUCUUAGGAGCCGCUCUUAUCUGAUGAGGCGGGGCCUUGUUGUCUGCUUCUCGACAGAAAAAAAAAAAAAAAAUCCCUCCUGCGAAGGCUGGGCUGCAGCUCCUGGCGCGAAGCUCCCGCCCAGCCCGGAGCCUCCUCUGCCGGCGCAGCCCGGCCGCCUGUCACCGCCCAGCGCCAGGAGACGGCAGUCUGGACAGCUGAGCAGGACCUUUUGGACUCCUGGUUUCCGGGGGCCACAAGGCCCAGCUCGUAGAAGGACCCGAGGAGCCGCCGCGCCACCUGAACGUGCCCCCAAGAGCGCCUUGGCCUUGGGCCUCCCUGGCCGCCCGAACCAAGGCUCCGGCACAGCCGGGCGCUGCGCUGUCAUUGACCAGAACAGCUGCUCUGUCUUCAUGCUCAAUUUUUGGCCGGCGACAUGGGAGAAGGGCGGUGGCAAGACGUGCUGCCUCGUAUUAUCCCGACGGUAUUUUCAGAGGCCCCCGGAGAUGCCGCGGCCCAGAAGGCAACCCACGCACCUCCGGGGACCCCUCUCGGGUCCCUCCCCCGGUGUGGGCACGUCCCUCCGGAUAACGAACCCGGAAUCUAAGCCGCAGCUGCCGCCGCGCGCCCACCUCCGGCCGCAGCCCCAGGCGAGCAUCGAAGCCGGAGGCCGGGGCCAGUCGGGGGCCCUCGGGGUCCAGCCAGGCGCCGGGCCCGCCCUCGCCCCGCGUCCCCCGCGCCCCCACACGCGCCGCUCCUGCCCCGGGCGGCGGCGUCGUGGGCGGUCGGGGCCCGCCUGCCCGGCCUCGCCGCGGUGCCUCCCUGCCGCGUGCUGGGCCCGGUCGGCCGCUGCUCUGCGCUCCGGCGCCGGCCUCUGGAGGCCUGGACCCCGGGGAGCCCUGCCGCGUCCCUUCUCACCCUCUCGGGCUCCGCGCUGUCACUCCCAGGCCGCCAUAUACCUUGAAUGGGUCCGCCCUGCCUGCUUCCCUCGAGCCCUCUCCAUGCCCUGAGGUUGAACAUUAACCGGCCGGAGCUAUAGAGUGGGGUAAAACGUUACAUAUAAAAAUGA